UCCCCUGAACCUUCUGCCGUGUGUCCCAAAUGCGAGCAAAUUACUGCUGACGAGCUAGAACAGCGCUUGAAUCAGUCGAUUUGCCAUUACGGCAGCCCUCUCUACUUCUUCAAGCCCCACACAUCAGACAAUGUGAAUGCGAUGCCAGGACUCAUGUACUCCCUUGAUUAUGGCAGACGUUUAGCCUCAUGGAACACCACACUCAAAAUGAAGCUGGAAUGUGAGUGCAACCUCGUGACUGCAAAGGCCUUCGGUUUCUUCGGUCAUUACAUCAGCGCUGGUGAUCUGGAAGUGGAGCUGGCAGGACGUGAGGUUGUUUCGUUCGAAGCACUCAACAGAACAGGGUCAGUUUUCCUGAAGAAGACAGAAGUGAAGGCUGCGUCAAGUGACAACACCGAGGGCAGCUGGAACUACUGGUGCAGCAAACGAGUCGCCUUCUCAGCUGCUCUCACGAAAUUGUCCACUCUCUUUGCCACGACCCUUUAG